GGAAAGUGUUUCUGUUGAAAUGAGUCCGGCUGAGUCCCGUCCCACUCUCCUGUCAGCCCGCCCCGCUGAGCCGCGGUCCAGCUUUGUAGUCGGUUAGCCAAAAUGAGCGACAAAGGUCUGUCAGACGAGGCAGCGGCGUCCGCUUGUAAAGAUGGAGACCCCGUCACUAAGGAUUUCAUGAUGCAGCAGACCAUGCUGCGGGUUAAAGACCCGGUUAAAUCCUUGGAUUUUUACACCAGAAUCCUCGGCAUGACGCUUCUGCAAAAGUUUGACUUCCCCGCCAUGCGUUUCUCUCUCUUCUUCUUGGGCUACGAGGACAAGAAGGAGAUUCCUGCGGAUGUGAAGGAAAAGACAGCCUGGACCUUCUCCAGAAGAGCCACCAUUGAGCUGACGCAUAACUGGGGCUCUGAGGCUGAUGAGAGCCAGUCUUAUCACAAUGGGAACUCUGAUCCACGUGGCUUCGGACACAUCGGCAUCGCCGUUCCAGACGUCUAUGCAGCCUGCAAACUGUUUGAAGAGCAAGGAGUCACAUUUGUCAAGAAGCCAGAUGAUGGUAAAAUGAAAGGCUUGGCCUUCAUUCAGGACCCUGAUGGCUACUGGAUUGAGAUCCUGAGUCCUAACAAUAUGGUCUCCAUUACCUCCUAAAACCUAUGAAGACCCGUCUGACCUGCUGCGGUGCAUCCAGGCCAGACCUUCUGUGGCUUCACUGGGAGAGCAGAACGUCUGUUUUUAG